UCAUUAGCCAUUAGCCAGAAAAGAAACAAGAAGGAAAAAACCGAUCAGAGAGCAACCGCAACAGAUCGAAGAUGGUUGCGUUCACCGGUGACGAAACUGCUCCCUUCUUCGGCUUCCUCGGAGCCGCCUUUGCCCUUGUUUUCUCAUGUAUGGGUGCUGCUUACGGCACGGCGAAAAGCGGCGUCGGGGUUGCAUCGAUGGGUGUUAUGAGACCGGAGCUGGUGAUGAAGUCGAUAGUUCCGGUUGUGAUGGCUGGUGUGUUAGGUAUCUAUGGUUUGAUUAUUGCGGUUAUUAUCAGUACGGGCAUUAACCCUAAGGCCAAACCCUACUAUCUCUUUGACGGUUACGCUCACUUUGCUUCCGGUCUGUCUUGUGGCCUUGCUGGCCUCGGCGCUGGCAUGGCCAUCGGCAUCGUUGGCGAUGCCGGUGUUAGAGCAAAUGCUCAACAGCCAAAGCUUUUUGUUGGAAUGAUUCUCAUCCUCAUUUUUGCUGAGGCAUUGGCGUUAUACGGUCUCAUUGUUGGCAUCAUCCUCUCUUCCCGUGCUGGCCAAUCCAGGGCUGAUUAAUAUAUAAUUUCCCGUUGGUUGUGAUACACGGAGCCACAGAUUAUGAAUGGCAUUGAUAAUGUUAGUACUGAGCUUGCUGCUUGGUCUUACUCAUGUGAUUUGAUUUAUGUACUCGUUAGAAAAUUGAGGUUAUAUAGGAAUAAAGCUCGUCGAACUUUUCUUUGCU